AAGUGGGUGGAGGACAACAAGGAAGCGGAAAUGCAGUGUGUUUUGAUCUGGUUUCGGUCUUCUGUAAACAGUUCAACUAUUUUGUGUGUAAUAAAAAUGGAACAAAAACUUCUGAACUUGAUUGAAUAUUGUUGAACUCGAGUAUAAAUGUGUUCAACUGCAGUUUAGCUCCAUCGGUAGUGGGCUGUCCCAGUGGGCUAAUUAGCGCGACUGCUAUAGGACUAUAGGCUAUGAACAUUUUAAAAUUUAGGCGUUGUUACUAGAUCUAUUAAUUAACCACCAUAGUUACUCGUGUACCGGCUGCUGUGUUAACAGUUAAAAACUGGAUUUCUAACGGCGCAGGUGUUGAUACAACGAGUACAAGAUAAAUCUGGAAGUCUACAAUUCCACUUCAUUCUUGUACAAUGACAGUGUUAUGAUUGUAACAGUAACUUAAUAUUAGAUCUAGAAUCUAGAUCUAGAUCUAUAUAUCUAGUAGCCCUAGAUCUAGUUAUUGAUAAGUCUCUGUUCUAUGUCUCAAUUCAAGUACCCGCUGUUGUUUUUUACCCUGAAGUAGAGGCCGAGGAUACAUGGUAUAUUAGAAGUCCAUGAAAGGCGUGAAAAUGAAGUACUUAAGUCUACACACUGACUGAAGAAGUCAAGUCAAAGACAGUGCAGAUGCCUUUUUUUGAACGAAUCGAAGAUUGCUCCUGAGAGUGAGAGGCGAACAAUUCAAGAUGUUGCCUAUGCCUCUAAAUAUGAAUACAAGCACUAGGAAAACGAAGGAUGGUGUGCAAGGAUGGUUAAAGCGUAAAGGUGGAGCCCUGAAGACAUGGCCUCGUCGUUGGUGUGUUCUCAACGACAAAUGUUUUUUCCUGUACAACCGGGAAGAUGACCAGAAACCUCAGGAUAUAAUUACUCUCGACAAACAGAUUAUUGUGGAACCACCAGCAGAUUACAAUGACCCAAAACAAGGCUAUUUUGACAUUGUAUCAGAACCUCAGAAGGAAAAACCUGAUGUGUUGCACUUACUGGCUGAAACAGAAGAAGAGAAAAAACUGUGGAUUCAUUCGCUGAAAAAAGCGCUGUAUGCCAAUAAAGGAGGAGCUUUGUUCAGCCAGUCUUUGGAAGACAUAAUAUUUUGGGAGAAAAAGGAGGGUCGUCGAAUUCCUUACAUUGUGGAUGAAUGUGUCGAGUAUCUGUACAAAUAUGGACUUGAUGUUGAAGGGUUGUUCAGGCUUCCAGGUCGUCAGACAUCAGUGAAAGAUAUUAUAGCCAGAUUUGAGCAAGGUCAGAAGGUGUCCUUUGAAGAUUCGGGAACAGAUGUGCAUGUUGUCGCUUCUGUGUUGAAAAAUUUCCUGCGCGAACUUCCGGAUUCCCUCAUUCCGUGUGACCUCUUUCAAAAGUUCAUGAACAUCGCCCUGAGAUUCAUGAGUGCAAAGACUGAUGAAGAAAAGGAAGGAUUUGUAGGAGAACUGUCCAGUGCUAUGAAAAUGAUUCCUCAGGACAACUACGUGAUUCUUAAGUACAUUUGUAACUUCUUGCGGGAGGUCGGUUUGCAUGAGAAUCAGAACAAGAUGUCCAUGUCGAGCCUGGGCCGAAUUUUUGGCUACAACAUCAUCCGGCACAUUGACCGGGAGAACUCGCAGCUGUUCCUCUGCACGGCCGAUCUGAGCGAGAACCUGGUCUUCAUGCUGCUCUUCUAUUUUGACCAGGUUUUUAUGCUUGAAUACAACGAGGACAGUGCCCCAGAAUUUGCUGUCCCGACGGCCGAUCUCCUGCAUAUGUCACACGUCCUUGACAUUCCUGUUGUUGCGCCCUCUGCCAAGCCUAGCUCCUUUGCUGAUCUGGAAGGUAUCAACAUAAAUGUCUCACCUCCUGGCAGCAACAAAAGUUCAGAGAGUUCGAUGAAAAUUACUGAGGACUAUUACUCUCCCGUUGACCCCUCAAAGCCUCUACCAGGCUGUGCGAAUUUUCCUUUUGCAGAUGACCAAGUGUUUGCAGAAACCCGUGUUCCCAAACCUGCUGCUAGGAAGAAAGUUUUACACCUGAGUCUCUCAGAGCCUCACGGGACUCGUAAUACAACGAGUCCACCCAUAUCACCCUCAUCUCCCUGCCCCAAUGAUGGGGAACCCCCUGUGGCUCCCAAAAGGACGAAGUCGACAAAGCUUUCAAGAAAUCGGCGUGCUUUGGAUCGGAAGAGACCUGAAGGUUAUGUGAUGGUUGACGGACAAAAAUCACCGAGAUCUCCGGGUGCUCUUGAAGGUGUCAACACCCAGGAUGUGCUAACUGCUCUGGCCAAGGCUAAUAUCCCAGCUAGGGGCUCUCCAAAUGCUAGCCCAUCAUCAACCUUGUCACGGUGCUCAUCUAACAACGAUUCAGAGCAGGAUGGGGUCGCAUCAUCUUUUGAAAUUUUGUCUUCUGUUCCAGAAUCUUUAAAAUCUACCACUGAAACUAAAGUAAAGAUGAAUGGGAAACUAGAACUGCGUUGUGAAGAUUUGAGCAGUCAAGUUGAAACGCUGAAGAAAGAGUUAAGUGAUCAGAAAACUCGUUACAAGGAGAGAGUGGGGGCUCUCAAGGCUCAACUUAAGGAUAUGCGGGAGAAGUAUGAACGUCGUAUCGAGACCAUGCAAACUGAGGCUGCCUCCCAGAGGCAGGACCUAGAAAAUAAACUGGCUAGCGAGCGAGAGACAUGCUCCGCAGCUGUGGCCAACACUUACAAGCUACGUGAGGAAUUACAUAGAUAUCAGAUGCAGUAUGGGGAGCUGCCCUUCUAGUCUUCCCUACAUUUCAGGGCACUCCCCACUGUGUGUGGCGCACAGGUAGCAAUGGCAGUCUGCUCUAUCAAAGGAAUGGGCACUUUUGUAUUGUUUUAGUUACAGAUUAAAAGAAAUGCACUGAAGUUUCAUUUUGUGCUUAUUUCAGUCCAGUAGAAUAUACAGUUUUUGCUUCUCACUCAAAAGCUCAGGAGUUUUGUUAGAAAUAGUUAUGGCCAUCCCCGGGUCAACGCAUGUACUGGAAGAUAUAGGCCUAUAGGAUAAUACUAUACUGCUUUGUCCACACUUGUGUUUAUAAAGUUUCUAAACCUUUAUUUGCUUUUGUAGAAUAGCUGGUACAUUGUACCUUUUAGUGUGUUGUGCAAGGUGUUCUACUUUUGCAAUCAAAUUUGCUUACUGUUGAUUUUAUUAUAGUGAAGUAGUUAUCAAUUUUUUUGCUGCAUUUUUGUUUUGUUAAAUGAUUUGAUGAUGUCUUUAACGUAUAUAGUAGGGACAUGUUUGCUUAGUUUUUGUUCUGGAUAGAGCGUUUAAAAAUGAUACAUACUUUUUUGUGGAUAUGGUGUAGUUUUGUUAUUCAUAGGAGAAAAUUUUAAGUAGUUAACCUUUCAAACAAAAAAUGCUGUACUUCAGUUAAGUCAUGUUGUUUUCACUUAAUUCUCUAUUGCACCAUGAAACAGAUUUACUCUUUUGGUAUAAUCUAAUGUUACAAGGACAUACUAAUGUAAUUCCAAGACACUUCUCAAAUUCCCAACAUUAUUUUUUGUUUUUUGCUCAAUACUUAAGAUUGUGUGUGCUCAAAUCUUUGAAAAUAUUCAUACUGUGUUGACCAUCUCUGAUUUUUUUUUCUUUAGAACUGUUGCAUAUAUGAAUAUGAAGAGAAAGCAGUAAAUUUUUUAAAUGGUAUUGCUCUUUUAAUUAUUGUGAGGAAUAAGUACAUUUUGGUCAAACUAUGUGUUCAAUAUGCCAUAAAACCACUUGAUUCUUGUCUGCUUUCUAGUUGAAAUAGGUCACUUUCCUUUAUUAUAACAUCAUCGUCACAAAUAAGAAGAUGCCUUCACAUGAUUCUGAGACUUUCCUUUAUGAAGUGGUAGGACAGCAACAAAUGGAAGUAUUGAAAUUAUUAUAAUUCUGUGUGAGGAGAGUGAGAAAUAAGUUUUUGCCUUGUUCCACCUUCAGGACAAAUGUGUCAUGACGCUGUGGAAUCAGGUGCUCGUCAAUUUUUGAGUGUAUGGAGUUAUUUGUGUCAUCUUAAAGCUUGUUUAUAUGUCUUGCUUUUGAUGGAAGAGUGUCCUUCUACCUUGAACAGAAUUCUAUUUUUGUGAUUGAUGGAGAUGAACGAUGCCUGAUGUCAAAGGUAAAAGUUAAUGAGAAAAUUGCGGCCAAAGUUUGGUGAUUUUAAAAGUUUGAGUGUCCAUAACCAUAGUUAUUGCAAAUUUAAAUUGUUUGUGCCUUUUAAUAUUUUUCAGAAAAAAUCCACACAAAGCGUUCUUAAAUGGACAUUAUUAUUGGACAUUUUAACGUUUGAGCAAAAAAAAUUUUUUUACUAAUGUUGAUGCAAAUUGCUUUACGGGCAGAAAAAUGUUAAUUUCACCGAUCACCAUUUUGACGAGUGCCUGAUUUCACCACACAUUUUUUUUUGGGGGGGGGGUUGUUGUUGGAGGAUUAAACUAAGCAGCAAAAAAGCUUAAGUGAAAGAAUAGUAGGCCUACACCUGCAAAAAAAUUUAUUUUCCCAAACCUUUUUAUGUCUUGUUGGAGUUCAAAAGUUUUCUGACUUGCUUUGUGACUGGUUUCUCUUGAAAAACUUUGUGUUAACUUGACGAGUGAGACAUGAUGAAUGAAGACAGCUGCUAUGUUUCAGUGCUUUUGUCAUAAAAAUAUACAAUGUCUUACUGAUAGGUUUUUUAAUCUGUGUGUGGAUUUGCUCUUUCUACUUAUUUUUUAGUACUACUUUAGUCUUCAUUUACUUCCUGGUACUUAUAUGACUUUUACAGAGCCAGCAGUGCCAUCGAGCGGAAACAUCGAAUCUAAAUAAAAAAAGACAAUGUUAUCACAUUAAAUGCUAUUGGCUAUGUUAAAAACUGUAGCCAUUAUGGGAGAAGGAGCAUGGAUAAUGGAGCAUGCCUGUGUUUUACUUUUUACUUUUUGGUAAUUUUUUACCCUUCAGCCCAUUGGUAUAUUUAAUUUGCUGCAAUAUUUGCGUGCCAUUUACAACACUGUUUUCGGCCGGUCACAAUGUUGAUAUCUUACAGAAAUGUAAUCAGUAUUUUCAGCCUCACAGUUUCCUCUGUACAUUAAUUUUGCAAGUUACAUUUUUUUUACUCUAGUAGCAGAAAGUAUUUCCAAAGGUCUAAGGUGAAGCUGAAUGCAGGCUUUACAAAACUAGAACUUUUUUCAUAACCCUUACUAGGUGCAGAAAGUGUCUCACUAUCCAGGUUUUUUAACACUAGCAGCUAUCAUGUGUCUAAUAGUGCUUUGGUACGAUUUGCUCCUUUUACAUUGUCAUUCUUUUUAGUAGGCCUAUUUGCGUGUCAUUGCCUGUUGUUUCUGUCGGCGUAUUUUACUUUUCCCCGCUACACCCAGAUGACUGUUAUUGUGUUAAUGUGCUUGUCUCGAUGAGUGUAUUUGGUGUCGGUGGCCUGGUGGUGAGGCUCUCAGACUGACAACUGUAAGGUCAUUAAUUCUAAUCCCAUCAGGGGCUUGACGUUGUGUCCUUGGGAAAGGCACUUAGCACAAAUUUUCCUCACUUCACCCAGGUGAGAAUGGGUACAAGGCUAUAGACAGUGAAAGAUCUUGUCAGUUUGUUAGUGUUUGAACUCUUAAUCAACUUCUUGCUCUGUAAUGCUUCCAAAAGAGCAGAGAAUAGUUUUGAGUGUUCUUGGGUUGCUGGAGUAAUAAUAUAGUGUGUAAAGCGCAUAAAUCUUGCUGUUGUGUGGGGAUGUGCGCUAUACAUAUGUCAUUCAUUGUUAUCAUGUAUUGUCCUAGUCUGUUCCUCAUGAAAUAUGUCUAAUAUGGUCCUGACCCACCGUAAUUAAUUAUUCGAAUAGCUGCUAGAUUUUGCAUACCAGCAACAUGUUUUUCAGUAGCUCUGUUGGUGAUUUUGUCCCUUCCUCACUGAUUGCCCCUGCUGAUUGCACUGGAUCCUCCACAAUCAUGAACGCAAAGUACUUGUUAUAAUGUUAAUGUUUGUAACUUUAAUGAAAUAUUACAUGCAUAUCUCUUAUUUGCUAAUUGUUUAUGACCAUGAUGAUCUUCUUACCCUUGCCUUACAUAUAUUAUAUGUUUUCAGUGAUACGUGUAUGAGCUUCCAUUAAUUGAGUUACUGAAGGCUUUUUCUCAAACUGUUAAUUUAGCUGCCACACUGCUGCCCUGAUUGAUCAGGAGUGAUAUGUUUUUGUUUUAUCCAGUUUUCCCACUUACGACUUAGUAAUACUAUCGAGGCAGGGAACAUUAAUUGGCAGGCCAAAUGUUUGCUUCUUACUUUACUGUGGGCAUUUUGGGGUUUUUUAAAUUUUAGCUUGUGGAUAGUGUUGUAAAAACAUCUGCUCAAUCAAAAUCGUGGCUUGUUUUUAUUGUUGCUCUUGUUGUUAUUGGGGUUUGGGUUGUGGUUGGAGUAGGGGGGAUAUUGUAAUUGUUGAUGGUGUUGAGAAAGGAGUCGUGAAUAUUUUUCCCAUACGCUAUAAAUAUUUAGUUCUCUAUUUCAGAUUGGAAGGUUCCACUUUUGAAGCUAGCAUAUAUGAUAACCAGUGUACUACUAGAAUAAUUACCGUACUGUGGGUAACUGAAUCAGAGCUGUAUUAGUAGGGAGAUCAGCUCUUUGCUUCAGGACAUUUUUUUUUGGGGGGGGGGGGGGGGUUUCUUCCAAAAUGGCUGGGUAUUUUUUUCUUCUUUUUUCUGAAGACACAGAUGAUUUGUCACUGAUAAAAGCAAAGAGACAUUUUAACAUUUUAGGUCAUAUUUAAGAAAUAAAAUUCUGGUUUGUUAAUGGUAACAAAGAGGAACCCCCCAAAAAUCGUCUUGGACAAAAGAGUUAUGAAUUUUUUUUUAAUGAAAAGAAAAGUUAAGACUCCAUAAGAAUUAUGAUUGUCAGAUCAAAAAGUCUUGAUUAAAAAAGUGUUCUCAGUGGAAAUACUCCAUGAUAGAAGAGAACCUACAAUUGGCAUAUAAUGGAAAGCAGAAAGGCUGGACAUAACCAGAUCAUAAUGACAGCUACAACAAAGAACAUUUUUUAAACUGGAGAAAGAAUCAAAAUUAUUGAAAAGUCAAGAAGAUGAAGGUUCUGUGAUUGCACCUGAAGUUUUUUUUUUACUUUGCCCAGAAAAGUGGAUGAAUUAUGCCUGUGCUCCUUCACAUCAUGUGAUCAAUUUUACUAUUUCAGUAUUAGGAGUGUGUACAUUGCUACCUUUCAGGCUUGAUAGCUUACCAGUAUGCCAGUAUAUAAUUGUGUUUGAUAAUAUAAAUUUUAUAUAAUAUUUAAAUGAUAAGUACCAGCCUCACUUUGCCCCCUUCAUGAUGCUUGAGGAAUUGUGAUGUUAUCUGUAAUCUUUACUGAUUCAUGUGUGAGGCGAAAAAUAAUUUUAGGGACUGGCCUUGUAAUUUCUAUCCUUUUGCACUAGACGUGUAUUCAGUUAUCGCAUCAUAUGCUGUUAAGGCGACAAAAAGGUUUUAAAAAAAUUGAGAUCAAGUUUAACUGCCUUCUACUUUACGACAGCAUUCUGACCAAAACUUUGUUUGUUCUGUGGUGCUGCUUCAUUACUGGGAAUUUAUUUUCAAAGAAAUUUCAAAAUAUUCUCAGGAAAUUUUAAGUGCCUGAGCACUCAAUUCUUGUUCCCAACUCUGCCACAUCCUGAAGUUCUUUCAGUACCUUUGAAUAUUUCUGUUGUUCCUCUCAAAUUAGUGACUUUUCAGAGUUCGUUUGUGAUGUAUGUUAGUCCUUUCUUUAUCUUUUGUCCAUUCCAUUUUCCUUUGUUGUUUGAAAGACGUUUGAAUCAGCUAACUUUGAGUGAUUGCUACAAUUUUUAUCCUUUUAAAAAUCUUGUAUGAUGUUACUUCACGCAGUUAUUGUUAUAUGCAAAAUUCCAUAUCAUUCAAGUUUAUAGCUCUUUGAUGUGAAUCAUUGUUCUGGAUGCAGAUUUUAGCUUAUUGAUGAUCUUCAAUCAUGGCCUUUAGUAAUACCUAGCUUUGUCUAAUUAUUUUUGGCCGAGUGAUGUGGUUGGUUAUGAACUUGACAAACGUGCACUAGUUUGUAGCUGGGACUGAUACAGAGUUGAAGUAUUUCUUUCUGUACUGAGAACAUUUCUGUUCAUCCCUGUGUCCAGGCAGCGAACUGUUCUGAGUAAUGCAGGAUGUUUUUGAAACGUACAGAUGCUGACAAAAUUUUUCUGAGUCUUUUGUUUUGGAGUGUGGAGCUUUCUUUGACUUUGAGGACAAAAAAGACCAUAAUUGAAAUCUUUAGGAAACCCAAGUACAGCAGUGAGUUUGUACUCCGUACCCAACCAUGACCCACACAAAUGAGCAAAGCCUAAAAGUUCAAUAGCAAUGGAUGCAUUACUUCUACUUCUACUGAAAAUGGUCUCAAAUCUGACUUGUUUGAAUGCUAUAUGUUCAAGGGCGUUGCCACCCAUUCUGUUUUGUGGGGUGAGCAUUAUUCAUGACUGUGAAGAAUUGAUAUUAUAUGUAUACUACUAAAGAGAUGUGGAGUGUUC